AUGGUGCAGAAAUACCAGUCCCCAGUUCGUGUCUACAAAUAUCCUUUUGAGCUCGUCAUGGCAGCAUACGAGAAACGCUUUCCUACGUGUCCAGAGAUCCCGGUCUUCCUGGGGAGUGAAAUCCUGCAUGAGUACAGAAGUGAGGACGGAGCUAUACAUAUCAUUGAGCGGAGCUGCAAACUGAAUGUGGAUGCUCCUAGGCUGCUGAAGAAGAUUGCAGGGGUAGAGUAUGUUUUCUUCAUCCAGAAAAACACAGUGAACUGGAAGGAGCGGACUCUCCGCAUUGAAGCCCACAAUGAGACUUUUGCCAACCGCGUGGUUGUCCACGAGACGUGCAGCUACUCAGUUCAUCCUGAGAAUGAAGAAUGGACUUGCUUUGAACAGUCGGCAUCUCUUGACAUCAAGUCAUUUUUUGGCUUUGAAAGCACAGUGGAAAAAAUUGCCAUGAAGCAGUACACUUCAAACAUCAAACGGGGCAAAGAAGUGAUAGAGCACUAUUUGAAGGAGCUGAUCUCCCAGGGGAUCACGUUCAUCCCGCGCUGGACGCCUCCCGCAGCGUGUGGACCGAAGGACGAGCGAACCCCGGCCGUGGGACGCGAUGCUGAUGCUGUACAGCUCGAGACUGGGGCUCCUGGAAUCACCAAAGAGCAAACUGGCAGCUCCUGCCCCCCAGCAGAAGCUGGCAGCCCCGAUGCUGACAAAUUGGAUGCUGAUUACAUUGAGCGGUAUCUGGGCCAGCUGACUCCAAUGCAAGAGAGUUGCUUGAUCCGCCUUCGCCAGUGGCUUCAAGAAACACACAAAGGCAAGAUCCCCAAAGAUGAACAUAUCCUUCGAUUUCUGCGGGCUCGGGACUUCAACAUUGACAAAGCUCGAGAAAUGCUCUGUCAGUCCCUGUCUUGGCGAAAGCAGUACCAGGUGGAUUACAUCCUGCAGUCAUGGAGGCCUCCAGCCCUCUUAGAUGAAUACUACACUGGAGGAUGGCACUAUCAAGACAAAGAUGGACGCCCGCUCUACAUCCUUCGUCUUGGCCAGAUGGACACAAAAGGUUUGGUGAAAGCCCUGGGAGAGGAAUCACUGCUGCGACAUGUUCUGUCAAUAAAUGAGGAAGGACAAAAGAGAUGUGAGGAAAAUACCAACAUCUUUGGUCGCCCCAUCACGUCUUGGACGUGCCUGGUGGACUUGGAAGGGCUAAAUAUGCGGCAUCUCUGGCGACCUGGUGUUAAGGCCCUGCUUCGGAUAAUUGAGGUUGUGGAGGACAACUACCCUGAAACUCUGGGGAGACUAUUGAUAGUGCGAGCGCCCAGGGUUUUUCCUGUGCUCUGGACUCUGGUCAGUCCUUUUAUCAAUGAGAACACAAGGCAGAAGUUCCUCAUUUACAGUGGGAAUAACUACCAGGGCCCAGGAGGGCUGGUAGACUAUGUGGACAGAGAUGUGAUCCCAGAUUUCCUGGGAGGAGAUUGCAUGUGUACUGUCCCAGAAGGCGGGCUUGUUCCCAAGUCACUUUAUCAAACAGAAGAAGAGCCUGAGAACUCGGAUCACAUCCGGCUGUGGACAGAAACCAUCUAUCAUUCAGCGAAUGUCCUCAAAGGAGCUCCACAUGAGAUAGUUGUGGAGAUUCUGGAGGGGGAAUCAGUCAUCACGUGGGACUUCGACAUCCUGAAGGGAGAUGUGGUGUUCAGCCUCUUUCAUUCCAAACGAGCUCCUGAAACAAAUCAUAAAGAAGCCACGUUGCCAAGUACCUCUGCUGCUGGUGACAACGUGCAGCUGAUCGAUAAGUCGUGGGUCCUUGGCGUGGAUUACAGCCGCCUGGAAUCUCCACUGGUUUGCCGGGAAGGAGAGAGCAUCCAGGGAUCUCAUGUGACUCGCUGGCCUGGCUUUUACAUUCUCCAGUGGAAGAUGCACGGCCCUCUGCCCUGUGCUGGCACUACCCUCCCUCGGGUGGACGAUGUUCUGGCCUCUCUGCAAGUUUCCAGUCAUAAGUGCAAACUUAUUUACUACUACGAGGUGCUUGCAUCCAAGGACUUCAGGGGAUCCAUGUCAAGCCUGGAAUCUUGCAACAGCGGCUUUUCCCAGCUGAGCGGAGCCACGACAUCUUCCAGCCAGUCCCAGAGCAGCUCUCACCUUUCUAGAUAGCAGGAACUCAAGGCUGCAGCGGCAAGAAAAUAAUUGCUGGGGCCUUCCCGGGUGCCUCCACCCUGAGCUGCUCUUGUGCACCAAACCAAAGAGCCUUGAGG